CCUGAUUUUCUUUUCUUGGUUAAUGAGCUUAGCCCGUGCUGAGUAGCUUUUAGCCCUGCAGAUUGUUGUAGUGGGCACUGGUUAGUCCAUAGCGGUUAGCAAGGGGAACCAGAGUGGAGGAGUGAAUCUCAGAAGGGGCAGAGCUGCAGCCACAGCCUCACCACUCCUCUGACUGCCUACCAGGACCACCUCUACUCGUAUCGGCACUGCGGCUGGGACGUUUCUCUCUACUCUCUCCCCUCCCUCCCUCUCCUCUGCAUCUCUCUAACGCUACCUGACUCCCCUCUCUCUUCUUCUCUGUCUGUCCCGGAGCACUGACGAACUGCUUUUUGUUGCUGCAUCACCUCCUCAGCUGCUGUCCCUCUUUCUGCCCCUUGUUUCCAUCUCCUUUUGCUCUUUUCUGCCUUACCCCUUACUUUGUUGCAAAAAUGUACCGGAACCCGUGGAUCUCGAAUUACCUGACUCAUGUCAAGUUUUGCAGCCAAGGACUUGGGAGUGAGACCCCCAUUAAACUAAGCAAUCCAAGAUUGCUACAGAAGAGAGCUUUGAGCUUCCAGAAAGAAUUCUUUGACGAAAAAGACGACCCAGCCAAAAGCACCAAGGAUAUAGAUGUUAGUGUCUUGGCCAAUCUUCCCAAAGUCUCUGAAUUGAGGAAACGAUUUGAAGGCAUUAGCACAAGCACAAGUGACUGGGAAAUGAACAGAAAGGAGCGUAUUGCUCGGCGGUUGGAGGGCAUUGAAGGUGAGAUGCAUCCGUCUCUCCUGCCCAGUUUGGUGGCCAACCGGCUUCUGGAAGAGGACACACCACGAUACACCAGGGCCUCUGACCCUUGUGAGCCCUGUGGUGUUACAGUCCAGCGGUAUGGCAUAGAGGGAUUUGAAAGCGCAGGAAUGCAGCUAACCGCUCCGGAGCGACAGUCCCGAGCUCGAUGCAGACCUGAACCUCAGUCCGCCAUCCACACAGAACCUGUCUACAGUUCAGGCCCCACCACCAGUGCCCCAGAGCUGGAGUCCAAGGCUGAACGCAUCGCCCGCUACAAGGCAGAGCGGCGCCGGCAGCUGGCAGAGCGCUACGGCAUCUCUUUGGAUCAGGAGCUAGACCUUGACUGUCCCUCCAGCUACACAAGCACCCGGAAAGAGGCGGAAGGCUUCGGUAGGCAGAAAGGGGAGUUUGUGGGGGAAGAAGGGAAGGACAUCACCCUGAGUUCCUCUGCCACUAGCCCCAGGGCAGGACGCACGGCACCACAGCAUGGCCACCCCAACCUGGGUUACGAGAUGGGUCGAAUUAUGGUGGACUCGUUCUCAGAGAGGGAGAGGCUGAUGAACCUGGAGAAUCAACGCCGAGCUGCUGAGCCACCAUCCUCUUCCUCAUACAUGGAUGUGACAUCAUUGUCCUCAGCUGCCAGGGUGCCCGCCAAGGACUCUUCAGUCACAGGGAUGCCACCCACUUCACCCAAGCUGAGCAGGCACCCUUCCCUCUCCCCACCUAAACACGGGGUAUCUCGUGGGGACCUCUUCAUUGAGCAGCAGGCCCACAACAUCCUCAGCAGGCAGGGUGUGAGGGCAAAACUGAGCACUGACUGGUUCCUCCAGACUGAUGCUGAGGGCGACACGCAUUCUCUCAUCAACUGGCCCUCGAGAAUCAGAGUUAGAGAGAGGCUUGCCAGGGAGGAGGGCAGCCAGAAGAGCCCAGAGCUGGGAAAUACUACAGAAACCCCAGUGUACCGCAGAAAAUUUCAACACCAGACCCAAACCUCUACACACUACCACACAGACCCACCAGGCCCCCAGCAAGCUUACUCCAAUCCCCAACUCCACCCCGAGGCUCAAUUCACCCGACCAGGGCCACCGGGAGGACAAGAAGUUGGAGGUUACCCCAGUUACCUGUCUAUGGCCUCUGGUCCCACAUCCAGAGCCGGAGGGCAGCUGCAACAACAACUGCAAGAGGAAGAGACUGAGGAGUCAGAGGAUGUGAAGACAGAGGGCCUUCUGAGGAGUAGGAAAGCAGUGCUGCCCUCUGAGAUUCGCCGCAGGGAGAGGAGCACUGAGGACCCAUGGAGAGGAAGGGGGGAAGAGGAGCAAGGGAUGUCCAGGGUGCUCAGUCUCAGGCAGGCAAGGGAGUCUGAGGCAGAUGAUCCAGCAAGAGGAGGAAACCGAAGCAGAGCCAGGCUGGAUGAAACAGAGCACACUGCCCUGCAACCAUCAGGGCGCAAGCCCAGAGAGCGGGAAAAUGCCAUUUAUAUCCACAAAGGGGCGGUUGCCACCCACAUCCAGCCCAGAGUGGCACAUGCAGGCCCAGGAAGCUCCAGCUCCAGCACAGCCCGGAGUCGCUCAUUGUCAGAUGCUGGGGAUCCACGAGGGUCCAGUCAGAGCAACCUGCAGCACCAGGCCCAGGACCCCCAAGAGGUCAGGGAUGGUGAAGGUUUCAGUAACCGAGAGAGUCACAACGACACCGGGGUGUCAGUGGCCCUGCUUAGACAUUCCUACAUGGAAAGCACCACCACCCCCCCAACCAGCCGCAGGAAUGAGCUUGAGGUUAUGGGGGAGAGGGCACUCGCUGGCUACGAGGCCCCAUGGAGAGGGGAGAAGGACAGGGGGCGCAGGCCUCGACAGUAUAUCUGUCCUGGGGAUGGUAGAAAGACCUCAGAGAGGUUUAGGACGCAGCCCAUCACUUCUGCUGAGCGCCAGGAGACUGAUAGGUCCUGUGUGAGUUCAGAUCUUGCUUCCACUGAAGCUGAUGAAGAGAAGCUAGAUGAACGGGCCAAGCUGAGUGUAGCAGCCAAGCGCUCUCUCUUCAGGGAACUUGAAAAGAGCAUUGAUGGCGGAGCCCCUAAACCACGGUCCAGGAAUGCAGCAGUGGACAGGAGACUAAGACGGACACAAGACCGAUCCAGAACUCAGCCAGUCACCACUGAGGAAGUAGUCAUCGCUGCAACCGUCCCCACUCACGUGCCACAAACGGUGACUGUUCACACUGCUGUAGCACGCGCCCCUAGCCCUACCAGCACUGUUCUGCCAUAUAGACUGCAGGCAUCCUCACAGCAGAGCGCCGCCGCCCGGAAGCAGGCGUGGGAGGCCAGACAAGUGCAGGAUACCCAGGAGGUCCAGGGCCCUAAGCCUGUGUCCGCAGUGGAGGGAAAGGACCAGAGCCAGAGUCAAAUCCAGGAUCAGGAGGAGCCUGACCUCUGCACCCUUAGCCUGGCAGAAAAGAUGGCGUUGUUCAACAGACUGUCUCAGCCUCCAACCAGGGUUACCCGCACCAGAGGGGACUCGCGUCAGCGUAGGGCCAACACUCGCUAUCAAACACAACCCAUCACACUGGAAGAUAUGGAGCAGGAGGCUUCAGACAUAGACGUCAGGGAUGAACUGGAGCUAUGUGACAGCCCAGUAGAGCACCUACAACUUCAUAAUGGUACAGGCUCUCGGUUCGGACACAUCCAUACUUCAUCAUCCUCUUCUGCUCUGAGAGCAGGAAGUACCGUCUCCACUGACCAUGCCGGAGAUAUCCACAUAACCAGAGCAGCAGCCCGGGUUGAACCCCUCCCUACCAGCUCGGGCUCGUCUUUGCCCCCUCGCCACGACCUGGCCUUGAUGUCCCAGGACUCUGUGGACCAACAGAGGUCCGGAAUCUUUUCCCACAGAGAAGACGGAGCUGAUCUGGGAGGAGGGAAGAGGAAGCUGUAUUCUCCUGAGGGAGUGGUCAGGCAGGCUGCACUGCCCCAGCCCCAGACUGGAAGAGAGAGGAGUGGGGAGGAGGAGGAAGAGGAGCAGUGGCUAGCCAGAGGGGAGGGUGACAGAGCCAUGCAGAGCUCAGAGAGCCACAUGGUCCAGGCGAGGCAAGAGGCGUAUCUGAGUGAGGAAGGACACUGCCCAGAGAGUCAGAAGAACAGUGCCAUUAUUGGAGAACUGCUAGAGCCCACUGUGGUUGCAUCCAGAGCAGCAUCUGGUUCGCCCAGGAGUGUGUGUCAGCCUCCAGUGGCAGAUACACACAUAAAUGGCAGUGGACCCCCAGCUGGCCUGGUUCAACCUGAGCAUGAAGAUGAACUGAACGACAUGAUGACGGCCAGACACAUGUCCAUCAAACAGAGAGUGGCCUUGUUGAAGAUGAGUGGUGAGCAGGACUGGAGGAACAGGAUCAAUAAGAAGCAGGAUGUGGUGAAGGUUGCUGUGGAUGAACAGCAUGCUCAGCUCUGGGAGGCGGAGCAGAGCUUCAAGACGAAGGACGAUGAAGCACUGAUGAUAAUCGAUGAGUUUGCUGUGUCCGACCAGCUAUGGGAGCCAGUCUUUCCCUCGACUUUCUCUCCUCCUCCUGAGCCUCCUUUUACUUCUUCCCCUGACGUUUCAGCGAGCCAGGCCACCAGAUCUCCCAGACCCAUGCAGGUGGAUGAGAGACACCCCUGGAGACGGAAGAGAAUAGCUGAGGCUGAGAUGGAGUGUCAGGGGAUCGAGUGUCACAUGUCUAUCCAGGAGAGGAAACAGCUGAUAGUAGCACAAGAGGAGUCCUGGAAAAUGAAAGGCCACGGAGCCGCCAAUGACUCCACCCAGUUCACUGUGGCUGCACGCAUGGUGAAGAAAGGGCUGGCCUCACCCUCAGCCCUCCAGUGUCCAGUGUCCUCCAAACCCAAGAACAGCAGCCUUGCCAUCUCCAAACCACAGGAAGAAAUCAAAGCCAUACCAGAUCUGAAUCUGGAGUCAGACAUGAAGCUGGAUAAACUGGAGUCAUUCCUUGGCAAGCUCAACAGUAAAGUGUCCGGACUGCCAGAAGCGACCAUCACAGUUACAGAGAAGAAGGUGAAGGAAGUGAUGAACCUUGAAGAUGAAACUUUUACCAAGUUCUACCGCCAAGUUGAGGAGCUCCCCGUCUCUACAAACAGGAUGGAGAUAGAGGACGACUUUGAUGCCAUCUUUGGUCCACAGGUGCCAAAGCUGACCUCUGAGAUGGUGCAGCACAAGCGAGCGGUGCGUCCGGCGCGUAACGUCCAGUCAUCAAGGAACCCUCUGAAGAUCCUGGCUGCCAGGGAGGACAUCAGACAUGAAUACACAGAGGAGAGGCUCAACAUUGGCCUGCUGGAGAGCAAGAGGAUGAAGGCUGAGAAGUUGAAUAAGAACUCUGGCUUCUCUGAUGUGGCUCUGGCUGGUCUGGCCAGCAAGGAGAACUUCAGCAACAUCAACCUGCGCAGCGUCAACAUCUCCGAGCAGAUGUCCAACAAUAGCGCCGUGCCUUACAAGAAACUGAUGCUGUUACAGGUCAAAGGCCGAAGACACGUCCAGACCAGGCUGGUGGAGCCCAGAGCAUCCUCCCUGAACAGCGGCGAUUGUUUCCUACUCAUCACGCCACACCACUGCUUCAUCUGGAUCGGAGAGUUUGCCAAUGUCAUCGAGAAGAACAAGGCUUCAGAGUUAGCAAAUUUCAUCCAGAGUAAGAGAGAUUUGGGUUGCCGUGCUAACUAUGUCCAGGUCAUCGAGGAGGGCAUCAGCGCACACAGCCAUGCUGCCAAGGAUUUCUGGAAGAUCCUGGGAGGGCAGUUGAGUUUUCAGUCUGCAGGAACACCUGAUGAAGACGAGCUGUACGAGGGUGCCAUUGUGGAAACAAACUGUAUUUAUCGCCUGGUGGAUGACAAACUGGUUCCGGAUGAUGAUUUUUGGGCAAAGAUGCCCCGUUGUUCCCUGCUCAACCCCAAAGAGGUUUUGGUGUUUGACUUUGGCAGCGAGAUGUACAUAUGGCAUGGGAAAGAAGUGACACUGGCACAGAGGAAAGUGGCCUUCCAGCUGGCCAAGCACCUAUGGAAUGGCACCUUCGACUACACAAACUGUGACAUCAACCCGCUCGACCCAGGAGAGUGCAACCCAGUCAUACCCAGGAAAGGUCAGGGCCGACCUGACUGGGCAGUGUUCGGCAGACUGACUCAACACAAUGAAACCACCCUGUUCAAAGAGAAGUUCCUGGACUGGAGCGAUUCCAGGAAAACACCCAGUCCCAUAAAAAACACCAACUACCAUAUCACUGAUCAAAAGGAGCAGUCCACCUCUGAUCAGUCCCAUUCGUACGAUGCCUCCCUGAUGCUGCCCCUCCAUGAGGGGCCCAUCUGCACCAGACUGGAUGGGUUCAAUGUGGGGAGGGGCUACGGCCUGGUGGAGGGAGAGGAGUGGCGGAGCUAUGAGAUCAGCACGCUGGCGGUGGAGGUGUGGCAUAUCCUGGAGUUCGACUACAGCCGACUGCCGCGCCAGAGCAUCGGACAGUUUCAUGAGGGCGACACAUACGUGAUAAAGUGGAAGUACAUGGUCAGCACCGCAGUUGGGAGGAGACAGAACCCGGAGCAGCUGAAGACAACAGGAGCUGGGAGGGAGAAGUGCUGUUACUUCUUCUGGCAGGGCCGCAACUCCACCAUCAGCGAGAAAGGAACAUCGGCACUGAUGACUGUGGAGCUGGACGAGGAGCGGGGAGCACAGGUUCAGGUUCAGCAGGGUAAGGAGCCUCCAUGUUUCCUGCAGUGCUUUAAAGGAGGGAUGGUUGUCCAUUCAGGGAAGAGAGAAGAGGAGGAAAACUCACAGAGUGACUGGCGUCUGUACUGUGUGCGGGGGGAGGUGGAGGUGGAGGGCCACCUGCUGGAGGUAGCCUGUCACUGCAGCAGCCUGCGCUCCAGGGUCUCAAUGGUGCUGCUGAGCAUUAGCCAGGCCCUCAUCUACCUGUGGCAUGGCUGCAAAUCUCAGACACACACACGGGAGGUGGCGCUCACCGCCGCCAACAAAAUCAAAGAACAUUGUCCUCUGGAAACGGGCCUCCACAGCAGUAGCAAGGUGACCAUCCGAGAAUGUGAUGAAGGAGCAGAGCCCACAGCAUUCUGGGAACCCCUUGGGAGGAGGGACAGGAAAGCGUAUGACUGCAUGCUGCAAGACCCAGGUAGGUUUAACUUCUCACCACGUCUGUACCAGCUGAGCAGCAGCUCAGGGGAGUUUGCAGCUGUGGAGUUUCUAUACCCUGCCAGAGACCCCAAGCAGGUCAACUCUAUGCCUUUCCUGCAGGAAGACCUUUAUGCAGCAUCCCAGCCAGCCCUGUUCCUGGUGGACAACCACCAUGAGGUUUAUCUGUGGCAGGGCUGGUGGUCCCAAGACAGUGAAAGCACCGGCUCAGCCCGAAUCCGGUGGGACUCGGACAGGAAGUGUGCCAUGGAGACUGUGCUGCAGUACUGUAGAGAAAAGAACGCAAAGAAGCCUCCCAAAGCUUAUCUGAUCCAUGCUGGUCUGGAGCCACUCACCUUCACCAACAUGUUUCCCAGCUGGGAGCACAGAGAGGACAUCGCUGAGAUCACUGAGAGGGAAGCAGAGGUGUGUAACCAGAUUAUCCUAGUGGAGGACGUGUUGGCCAGGCUGUGUAAGACCACAUACGCCCUGGCAGAUCUUCUGGCACGGCCUCUGCCAGAGGGUGUUGACCCUCUUCGCCUGGAGAUAUACCUGUCUGAUGAGGACUUUGAGAAAGCCCUGGAGAUGACCAGAGAGGAGUAUGGGGGUUUACCUGGCUGGAAGCAGGUGAACUUGAAGAAGGCCAAAGGUCUUUUCUAAAUGGUUGAAGCGGAGAGCUGACCUGAAGACAUCAGAAAAAAAGCCACCAGGAGUGUAUUUUGUCUCCUCUUUUGUUUACAUCUGGACACAAACAGAGGCUCAGGGGCUUCCUCUCCUGAGUUAACCCUGUAAUGGUGGGUUGAGGUCGACAAAGGGAGGAAUGAAGGUGUGGAAGAGGUGAUCGAUAAAUGAGAGGUGUGCCAGCUUCUUGUGCUGUAAAUUUCUCAUCUUCUACUUUUUGAGUUGGUAUUUUGGUUGUAUAUGUAGGAGACAAAUGUAUGUGGAUGCACCACUGAGUGUGUGUGUUUAUAGUUAUUCUUUAAAGUCACACUCUGUUAAUAUUUGUACAUAUGUACCAUAUGCAGAACAGCCAGUUAACCCUUACAUUGUCAGCCUUGCAACAAUCUCCUAUAGUGGGAGCAGGCCUGUCAGCCUGUUCAACACACUCCACAUCAGAAUCUGCUAUUCUUAUAUGUAUAAUUUAUAUUUAUAUCAAAUCCAUAUAGGAAUUUAAAAAAAAGCCAUAUAUAGUUACUGAGCUGAAAAAUCUCACGAUUGAAUAAACUGUGCAAUUCAUGUUGAGGUGGUUUGUUUCAUAUGGUGAUAACUCUCUCUUGCUGUACAGUUCACCAUUUGCCAUUUACAAAUCAAAUGAUGCAGCUUUAUUUAGAUGUGUCUAGUGUCGCAGAUAGAAGAUGAUGAAAUGUAUUUGAUUUUUAAAACCUACAUUGUAUAGUGCCUUGCUUUCGUGUACAGUUUAUAUACAGAUCCUAGUCUGCAUUUGAAGACUUUUUGUGAUAUAAAUAAAUAUUAGAGAAUAAACCCUGAAAGUUGCGUUGCCA